AUGCCUUUACACUGUUCUGGCUCGGUCAAUCCACUCCCACCUUUUUCCGCGCAUGCUCUUCAACCCCUUUGCUCUCCACUUCCCUUCCCGCCAGUUCCCUCCCCCCUUCCUUUCCCCACCACCCCACCUUCCUCAGGUCUGGGCAACAAUCUGAUGUCACUGAUAUCGGCCAUGACGUACAGUCUGCUCACCAACCGUGCCAUCAUCCUUGCACCGGGCACCGACGUGGCGUCGUUCCUCUGCAACCCCUUUGACGACUCCAACUGGGCCAUCCCCGCGCGCCACUACAAGCACGUGUACCUGAUGUUCCAGAAGCAGCCACGGGUGAUGGAGUUUGCUCGCAUGGCUGCCAACGGCACUCAGUGGAGCAAGAAGGCCGCCUUCGCUGACCUCCGCUUCUCGUACGGCGAGGAGGACUGGAAGUUCUUCUGUCCGGGAGUGCAGGCGGCGAUAGAGGAGGCGCGGUUUGUGGCGUUCUACACGGACGAGUACACCGUGCCCGGCUUCUACCUGCUGCCCUCCCUGCAGGAAGUGCCCCUAAAGGCAACGAACUUCCUUUUGCCCCACCACUACGUCUGCCUUGCGCCUUCCACCUGUGUGGCAGCGCUGACCACCAUUCGUGGGCGGCGCCCAUGGGGUCCCUCUUCGCUCUCCUGCACCCAUCUCGUUGUGCUCAUUGCCAUGCCUUUUCUCUCAUUGCCUCACUCUUGCCUCACUCUUUGCCUCUCGCUUCUACCCUCUCACUUCACCAACCCUCCUUUCUCUCCUCACCCUCCCCUCCCCCCCCAUACUCUCCUCCACUCACCCCCCUGUGGCUCCCCUGCAUCCCUCUGGUGCCCGCGCACGCCCCUCGCCAUCCGUUUCCUCCUCGCACCGUUGCAGGCGCGGCUGCACAAGUGGUUUCCGGACGGGAGGGUGUUUCUGCACAUGGCGCGAGCCACACUGCAGCCGGCCAACUACCUGUGGCAGCGCAUCACACGUGUCUUCCACGCGCACCUCAAGCACCACAACCGUCGCGUCGGCAUCCAGGUGCGCACGUUCUACCGGAGGGACACGGACACGAAUCCGCGCAUCCUGGAGUGCGCUGUGAACGUGUCGGGGUACCUGCCGCGCCUCUUCUCCUCCGACCAGUGGGACGCCCUCACUGCCAACCCGGACAGUCGCAUGCAGGCGAUACUACGUAACCCGUACCCGCGGUCAGUGGGCGUGCUGCUGACGUCCCUGUCACAGCACCACAUGGACUACCUGCACGAGGCCUUCUCCACCCAUGAGACCGUUGAUGGCACCGUUGUUGCGCUGCACAGUGAAGGGCACGAGGGGUUGGAGAGAGCGAAGCUGAGGCAGCAUGAGAAGGCCUUCCUUGAAAUGUGGCUGCUCAGCUUCAGCGACCAGCUACUAGUGUCAGACAUGUCAUCGUUCGGGUACAUAGCAUCGGGGCUGUCAGGGCUGAACCCGUACUCGCUCAACAUCGGCUUCCGCACGGCGGAGAACCUCAACUGGUACAUCAACCGCCGCCCCGUGUGCGCGCGCUCCUCCUCCGAGCCCUGCUUCCUCACCCCGCCCGAGUUCCUCAAGUGUGAUGGUUCUGACGUGAAAAAGGAGCCUUUGGAGCUAAGUACAAGGAUUAGAAAAUGCUUGAACAUUAAUAGAGGAAUUGAAGUGGACAUUCCACUGUUUUAG